GAGUGUGUGUGCCAUCUUUGAGACAUAUCGGUGUGAAAUGCUUUGCAAUGCACUGCUCAAAGUAGAUGCAGACGCAUAAAUCGGACGCUUAGUAGAGACGCUAGAACGCGUUAGAAUGAUAUGGUAUACAAGUUAGCCUGAUAUUUCUCAUGUAGCUUUUGUAGGAAACUUCAAGUACGGCGGACUAUAAUGGCAGAAAAGGUGUCCAAUGCAGCCCGAGUCCAGAGACAGGAUACCGGAGUGGUGACAAGUUCAACGAAAAAACCACUUCUCAAUUUAUUUCCGCAACGGUCCGACUGUAAAUAUACACCCAGCUACUGUGAAGAAAAUGUGUGGCAUUUAUGUCAUGCUGUAAGUAAUCACCAUCCUAAGGAACUGCAGCACUGUUAUGUAGUAUUUGUGUCGAACGACCACCGUACUGUCCCAUUAUGGAGGCAGAAAGCCGGGCAUGAAGAAGAAAAACUUGUCAUAUGGGAUUAUCAUGUACUCUUCCUGUACACUCCAGAUGACCGUUGUUUGGUAUAUGAUUUAGAUUCGGAGUUACCAUUUCCGACUUACUUCCACAAAUAUGUUACAGAAACAUUCCGCACAGAUCAUAUUCUCAAGCCUGACUACUUCAGGUAUUUUCGUGUUGUGCCAGCACCAGUAUUUUUGCAACACUUUGCAUCAGACAGAAGACACAUGAAACGUUUGGAUGGUGCUUGGUUGAAGGCUCCACCGGACUAUCCCCCUAUCACAACUCCUUCUUGUUCUCACAAUCUUGAAGAAUUUAUUAAUAUGGAUCCAACAAAGGGUCAUGGAGAAGUCAUGAAUCUUACACAACUUGUUCGCAAGUUCUAUCAACAGACAUAGGUAUGGCUUCCGUACAUCAUUGUAAUUAAGUUUUAUACUAAUUUUUUCUACAAGAAAACCACUGGAAUUUACUGUUUACUCUCUGAUAUUCUAUUAAAUGAUGUUGAAGUGUGAAACCUGUAAUAGUUGCAUCUUAAAUUGUUACAGUUUUGAGUGUGUCGAUUAACUUAAGGGAAGUUUGCUUGUUGGCACUGAAAACUAUUUGCUGAUGAUAAAGUGUGCUUGAGCAUAAUAUGUGAUAUUCUGUUUGUGAUUGCUUCCUAUAUAUCAAAUGCUCAUUGCAGAGUGGUAUGGCAUGGAUAAUUUGUCACAAGUUGCUGUAAAAUGCAGAUAAUAUUUUGUGAAUUUGUUGCCUGUUAAUUACGCUGUUGAAACUAAAGUUUCCUACAGUUUCUGUUAGUAUAUGUCCAUUACCUUGUUUUUACCCCAUACCAACAUCCUGCAUCAUUUCUCAUUUACCAAGGCAGUUGUGAACCUAUUAAUUUCUUUACAAAAUUUAAGCGCUAUUUAUAUCAGCUUCAGUAGAAGUUUUUGAAAGUUUUCAUAAAAGACAUUUAUAAUCAUAACAAGAAGUUCUGAUAAAUAUUUGUAAGGGUUAUAAUGUAAUAAUUUGUUAAAUUUGAAUAUGGUAUUAUUGAAGUGAGAAGUUACACAGAUGAAUAACAGUUGCUGCAUUUGUUUGCAGCUGUCCUAGAUCAUAAUUCAUCUGCAAAAAUUUUGUAUAGAGAAAUCCUAGAUAUUUCCUUUACCUGUAUAAUUUAUUGGUUACCUCUACAUGACUAGUAGUCAAAUCAAAUAGGAAGGAAGAUCUUUGUUGAGUGUGUGUGUGUGUGUGUGUGUGUGUGUGUGUGUGUGUGUCACACACACCAGUGUGAUUUAUGUUCAUUUUUGUUCCUCUCUCACCCUCCUUCCUGUGCUUGGGUGGUCUGUAGCUUCACACUAAAUUUUAUAAGUUGAAAGUUUGUUCAGAAAAUUUGUGUAUCCUCAGUGGGUGAAUAUUUCAUAUUGACUAUGCAUAUAUAUUUCUGUUACUGAUAUUGUGUAUCCUUCAGGUUUACUAUCCUUAGUACUUCUCAAAAAUGUAACAAUUGAUUUGUUUUUAAGUGUGAUGUGCAUUAUGUGUGGUGUGAAAUGGAAGUAGGAGCUGAUUCUUGUCUUCUUUCUUCCCUUGCAGACUUAUGCUACAACCUCCAGAUUUGUAAUAAAUUCUGAAAGAUGAUUUCUUGCAUGUAAUUCCAAAUCACAUAUGUAUCAGAAAUCACUGUGAAAUACUGUAAAUUUUAAGCUUGUACCAGGUGCAUAUAGUUGAUUAUUACAACUCUAACCUGUCCAUUUACAAAGGUAAUGACAUACCGAUAAGUGCCCAGAAUCAAACUCAAAACAGUUUUUAUCAGAAUUUUGUUGUUGCAGUAAAAAAUCUGUAGUCCAUAAAUAACUUUGUCCAUCAUAACCACAACCACAUCAUGUAACUGAAAAAUAGGAGAGGCAGCAGUUGGUGUUUUGUAGUUGUACAUAGUCUAUAAUUUUUGUUAUGAACAAGUGUUAAUGUAUCUGUCAUGUAAAUUUAUAGUGAACUUCUCUUUCUCUCCUUAUUUAUAAUUUUGAGCGUUAGUAGCAUUUAAUAUUUUUCUCUUCAUCUAAUAUAUUUACUAACAAAUUUUGUGAAUGUGUACUGAAAGGAGAAGGUAUAUCUUUCAAAUAAUAAGUGAAGGUUGCUACAAAACUGUGUAUUAUGUUUUGGUGUUAUGUUUCAGCAGUUUUGAGGUGAGAUUGACUUUACUUACUCUGCUUUGUGGUUGUCAUUCAGAGUAAACUUAGAUAUUUUGUCAUCAUUAGUCAUUUUGUAGUUCCUAUGUAAAAGUGUAAUUGCAAAUAACCUUUUAUUGUCCUUGGUAACAUUGCAUCAAUUACAGAAGUAAGCUCCAAUUUGUGGUAGACAAACCUUAUCUAAUGUUGCACUGUAUUAAUUCCAUGGUAACAUCUUAAUUGCUAAAAACAUUAUUUAUGACACAUUUCGGAUAGUCAUCAUCAUAUAAAAUAUGCUUAAGAAAGCUCAUACAAGUGAUCAGUACAAGAAAAACAUACAAUCUCUGUGCAGUUACCAUUUGACGUAUUUGCAAAAGAUGUUGUGUCUCCAUAUAACAUCUUUUGUAAAUACGCUUAACAGCAAUUGUAAACGGGAUUGUACAAUUUUCGUGUAUUGCUCAGUUGCUUGAACUUUCCUAAACAUAUGUUAUCCGAUUAUGAUUACUCAAACACUUAAUAAAUAAAGUUUUUAGCAAUCAAGACAUUUUCAUGGAAUUAAUACACAUCAAGUCCAGAUGGUUGCGUAUCUUACAAAUUGAAGACCUUACCUACCCUUUGGAAAAUUGGAAUGUGGAAGAUGGUAAAAUGAUCCGUGAAGUGUGACAAAAUUCUUUUGGCUGCAACAGGUGGUUUGCUAUAUCUCUUGAAAUUUUUCUGUAACUAACUUUUGCAUUAAUUUUUAGGGUUUUACAUAUACUUGAUGUGUUAGUUAAUAGUUCUGAUAAAGAAUGUCAGUGAUCCACGUAAAAUACCUUUAACUAGUAAUUGGUCUCCUUCUGGUGUUAUAGAGAAUUUGCUGUAUAUAUUGUAAUUUUCUUUCACUAACUAACCUUUCCUAUAAUUUUCUGAUUUUUAACUUCCAGUUGAUAUGUUAGUUAAAACAUAAUGGCAUAGUAUAGGGGAAGUGAGUCAUUAGUCCAUUUUGUUGAUAAACAGAUGGCAAGAGGUUCAGUGAGUAAUAACAUUACACCAUUUUGUUGAAGGACAAUUGGCAUGUAAUACUCAUUUAGGCACUAAAUGCCUUCUGGAUUUGUAGAGUAGUUUGCUAUAUUUAUGUUACUUCUCUUUCACUAACCAAACUUCCUCCUAGUUUUAUGAUUUUUCCCUUGUAGUUGAUAUGUUCACUAACAUAAUGAUAUAGUAUAGGUGAAGUGAGUCAUUAGCCCAUUUUGUUGAAAAAAAUGGCAAGAGAAGCAGUGAGUCAUAACAUUACACCAUUUUGUUGAAGGACAAAUGGCAUGUAAUACUCCUUUAGGCACUAAAUGCCUUCUGGAUUUGUAGAGUAGUUUGCUAUAUUUAUGUUACUUCUCUUUCACUAACCAAACUUCCUCCUAGUUUUAUGAUUUUUCCCUUGUAGUUGAUAUGUUCACUAACAUAAUGAUAUAGUAUAGGUGAAGUGAGUCAUUAGCCCAUUUUGUUGAAAAAAAAUGGCAAGAGAAGCAGUGAGUCAUAACAUUACACCAUUUUGUUGAAGGACAAAUGGCAUGUAAUACUCCUUUAGGCACUAAAUGCCUUCUGGAUUUGUAGAGUAGUUUGCUAUAUUUAUGUUACUUCUCUUUCACUAACCAAACUUCCUCCUAGUUUUAUGAUUUUUCCCUUGUAGUUGAUAUGUUCACUAACAUAAUGAUAUAGUAUAGGUGAAGUGAGUCAUUAGCCCAUUUUGUUGAAAAAAAUGGCAAGAGAAGCAGUGAGUCAUAACAUUACACCAUUUUGUUGAAGGACAAAUGGCAUGUAAUACUCCUUGAGGCACUAAAUGCCUUCUGGAUUUGUAGAGUAGUUUGCUAUAUUUAUGUUACUUCUCUUUCACUAACCAAACUUCCUCCUAGUUUUAUGAUUUUUCCCUUGUAGUUGAUAUGUUCACUAACAUAAUGAUAUAGUAUAGGUGAAAUGAGUCAUUAGCCCAUUUUGUUGAAAAAAAUGGCAAGAGAAGCAGUGAGUCAUAACAUUACACCAUUUUGUUGAAGGACAAAUGGCAUGUAAUACUCCUUGAGGCACUAAAUGCCUUCUGGAUUUGUAGAGUAGUUUGCUAUAUUUAUGUUACUUCUCUUUCACUAACCAAACUUCCUCCUAGUUUUAUGAUUUUUCCCUUGUAGUUGAUAUGUUCACUAACAUAAUGAUAUAGUAUAGGUGAAGUGAGUCAUUAGCCCAUUUUGUUGAAAAAAAUGGCAAGAGAAGCAGUGAGUCAUAACAUUACACCAUUUUGUUGAAGGACAAAUGGCAUGUAAUACUCCUUUAGGCACUAAAUGCCUUCUGGAUUUGUAGAGUAGUUUGCUAUAUUUAUGUUACUUCUCUUUCACUAACCAAACUUCCUCCUAGUUUUAUGAUUUUUCCCUUGUAGUUGAUAUGUUCACUAACAUAAUGAUAUAGUAUAGGUGAAGUGAGUCAUUAGCCCAUUUUGUUGAAAAAAAUGGCAAGAGAAGCAGUGAGUCAUAACAUUACACCAUUUUGUUGAAGGACAAAUGGCAUGUAAUACUCCUUGAGGCACUAAAUGCCUUCUGGAUUUGUAGAGUAGUUUGCUAUAUUUAUGUUACUUCUCUUUCACUAACCAAACUUCCUCCUAGUUUUAUGAUUUUUCCCUUGUAGUUGAUAUGUUCACUAACAUAAUGAUAUAGUAUAGGUGAAGUGAGUCAUUAGCCCAUUUUGUUGAAAAAAAUGGCAAGAGAAGCAGUGAGUCAUAACAUUACACCAUUUUGUUGAAGGACAAAUGGCAUGUAAUACUCCUUUAGGCACUAAAUGCCUUCUGGACUUGUAGGAUAGUUUGCUAUAUGUAUGUUACUCUUCUUUCACUAACCAAUCUUUCUUCUAAUUUUAUGAUUUUUCUCUUUUAGUUGAUAUGUUAACUAACAGAUAAUGAUAUAGUAUAGGGGAAGUAAGUCAUAAGCCCACCUUGUUGCUCAAUAGAUGGCAAAAGGAGUAAAGAGCAAUAAUAUUACAUCAUUUUGUUGCUGGAGAAAUGCCAUGUAAUAUCCCUUUAGGCAAUAAAUGCCUCCUGGUCUUAAAGGGUAGUGUGGCUAUAUGUGUUGUAUUUGUCUUUCACUUUUUCGCCUUUAGCCUUUAUUUAAUAUCUUAGUAGACACAUUCUGACAAAGUAUAAGGAAAGUGAGCUGUAAGACCAAAUUUUGUGAUAUCCCUGCUUAUAUGUGUAACACACUUAUUUGUUUGGUGAUAUGUUUCGCAGUUACUAUGUAUUAAGCUCUCCCUUUCAUAUUGCGCUGUUUAAUGUUGCUGCCCUGCACUGAUGGUAACCAUUAGAAACUUAUUUUAAUUUUCUAGUUUCACAAUAAUUUUUAUCAUUGUGAUCUGUGGUUACUUGUCCAUAAGCAGUUUUCUUAAAGGCUACUCAUUAGUUGUUUUGUCAAUGUCAAAUGGCAAUCCCUGAAAGUUGUUUCCUUCUUCAAAAUUAACCAAUCGAAGGACUGCAUAAAAGUAUUGAAUUAUGUGUUAUUGUAUUGAAACAUGCAGCAGUGGAAAUGAAUGUUUACAUUAACAGCAGUUAUGAAAGUCCUUCUAUGCAGGAUAGCUGUGUGUUGGAAUUAAAAGAGAAAAAGAUUGGAGCUGUAGGAUCUGGUUGGUGUUGUGGUUAUGGUGGUGGCCAGGGAUAAAUGAUCUGCUGUUAUGAAAGAGAUUACCUAUUUCUCUGCUACCUCCCUCCUCCUCCUUCUUCUUCUUCUUCUCUCUCUCUCUCUCUCUCUCUCUCUCUCUCUCUCUCUCUCUCUCUCUCUCUCUCUCUCUCCUAAAAAAAAUACCCACUUUACUUCUGAUUUGUUGAGAUUUAUUCAAAGGUAAUUUUAGCUUCUUCUUGUGUUUACAUUGCACAUGACAGUGUGUGAAAUAAAUUGACAAUAUUUGUAGUCUAGUUAAAUGUGUUGUUCUUUAGUUGUUAAAUUAUUUUUAAUAUUAUCAAUGUUUAUGAAAGAAGUAGUAAAAUUACAUUAGUCCAACAGACUUUUAUUUUUGGUAAAAAGGUGGAAAAGGGAAAAGGUAAUCUGUAUAGGAGUUUCAUUUUUAUGUGUUUUGAGUUUGAUCACUGGUAUUGAGGACAUUGUAAUUCUCCUAAGGAAUGCGUACUUUUUCUAAAAAAGAAAAUAAAACAUUACCCCACUUAGCUUGCUUAUCAAUAAAAUCAUACUUUCCACCUUAUAUUGGUGUGCUUUUUUGUGAUCAGUCUUUUUUUUAACUAAGACACAUUUUUGUGAUUUGUACAAAACUUCUUAAAACUUAUAUACAGUAUUUUGAAAUUACAUUUUAUACAAAGUUUUAAACAUCUUACUAUAAAAAUAUGUAAUCCAUACAGUUUUUGAAACCUCAGAAUUUGUUAUUGUUCAAUAAUGGUUUCAAUAUUUUUUCCAAGUAUAAGUAAAUGUAAGGAUCAAUAAACUAAAAUUAUAAGGGAUUGCACUAUCCUUAUAGCACUUUCUGACAUACCAUGCUUACUUUGUGGUUCCUCUAUGUGUGGUUAGUUAAGAAUAUGUUGUAAAUAUCCCACUAUUGCUUUCAGAAGAUAGACCUUGAAGAAACUUAAUAUGAUACACUUGUAUACUGAUUGGUAUUUGGAACACGAUUGGUUUAGUACAUAUGUUCAUAAAUUGUCUGCAGUAAAAUUGACUGUUGUAUCUUGUGGUAAAAUACAUAUAUACUACAUAUUCUGAACCACACGAAUAUUGCUCUGAAGUUGCUGGCAGCUACAUUCAUUUUGCAAAUGCCAAAUGCUAAUUUUUGCAAUUAGUAAAGAAAUAACCACAUCCAACAGGUUAUCUUGACAGACAAUAAAAUUCAGUAUAAGACAGUAGCUGUUAUAAAUAUUGACUAGUUUAAUGGGCAGAAAAUGAAGUUUUAAUCAUGAAAGUUUGAACAUGAAAAAGAAAUAUGUUGUGCUUAAUUGGAUUGUCUUCCUGUUGAAGAUAGCUUGCUCAAAUGUUCAGGCCUGACAGCGAUGGUCAUGUUCUUAGUAAUAAGUUACAUGCAAAGUUUGGCAUAUAUGUAGCUUAUUGCAAGGCAUUGCUUUCUAAAAACAUCACUUUCAGACAAUAUUAGAAAAAUAAGUAUCCAUGGUAAUGUAGUUGAAAUAAAUGGCACACUCCAAAGAACAAGUUGAAGUACCAUGUUCCUUAUUUGUGCCUAUAUUCAAUGUGAUGCCUCUACCAUAUAGUGAGUGGUUAUUUUCACUCAUUCUCUUCUUCAUAUUUUACUCAACCUUUUCUAAUAUUGUAUCAUUCAUUGUAACUUCUGUGUGUAAUUGAAUUAAACAGUUCACGUAAUUUGUCACUUAAUGCCCAUAUACUAUGUAAAGAACAGUGCAAGUAUAUUAAACUUCACUGCUGUUUCACACUUAAUUAGUAUGAUUCAGACAAUAAUUACAGUUGAUACACAAGAUUUUUAAAAGGCUUGAAAAAAUAAUUUGAAUACCUCAGGUAAAGGAAAGGCCAUAACAAACAGAAAUUGUGACCAAAAAAAAAAAAAAAUCUAAGAAGCCUCUACCUUGAGUGUUACAUUCUCAGUUCCAAACUUGCAUCUGCUAAGUGUGCUGUGAUUUGUUUGUUCAUUCUGUUUUGAAAUGAUAUGUCAAGAUCAUGUUAUCGAAGGCCAGUGUAAGUUCAGUUUUUUUCCCCCCGAACUCUGAAAUCCCACACUAUGCAAUCAUAAGAACACAUAAUAUACUAGAAUUAUUGUGAAGGUAAUUUCCCAGCAUUAUUUCCAGAAAAUGAUAACAUGUGCCUAAAUGAUUGAUGUAACGAAUGGACUUGCAUUUUCUGUAAAUCUCACUUAGUAAACUACUACAUUUUUAUAAAUCUUUCUUACCAAAUUUUGUAUGAGAAAGGACAAAGUAGAUAUCAUUCCUCAAAAUAACCCCUGCACUUAUCUAACGGAAGGAAGAUUAAGGAAAGAUCACAGAAUCUACCCUGCAGCUUCCCAGUUGAACAAAAAGAUAAGCAUAUUGGACAAUGGGUGAUGGAGUGUUGAAGGAGACUGAUGUGACUGUGGUGCAUUGGUGCAUACAUAGACUCAAGGUGUUAGAAAUGUUGGGUGUUAGUAAUAAUAAUACUACUAAUAAUGGAACAACAAGGAAACCAUGUACAAUGUUCUUCAAAUUAAUAAUGACUGCUGAAGUAACUAUGUUCACAAUUUUAUUUCACACAAAGAUGAUGUGACUUACCAAACAAAAGUGCUGGCAGGUCGAUAGACACACAAACAUACACACAAAAUUCUAGCUUUAGCAACCAACGAUUGCUUCUUCAGGAAAAAGGGAAGGUGAGGGAAAGACGAAAGGAUGUGGGUUUUAAGGGACAGGGUAAGGAGUCAUUCCAAUCCCGGGAGCUCCUUACCCUCUCCCUUAAAACCCACAUCCUUUCGUCUUUCCCUCACCUUCCCUCUUUCCUGAAGAAGCAACCGUUGGUUGCGAAAGGUAGAAUUUUGUGUGUUUGUUUGUGUGACUAUCGACCUGCCAGCACUUUUGUUUGGUAAGUCACAUCAUCUUUGUUUUUAGAUAUAUUUUUCCCAUGUGAAAUGUUUCCCUCUAUAUAUGCAAAUGGCCAUUCUUUUUUUCUGUCCCAUCAUUUUUGCUAUCUAAGCUUAAUCUUCAGGAGAAGAGGGGGGAAGGAGGUGUUGCAGGACAAGAAAAGAGAUGAGCAAGUCACUCACAUGAUUAGCCCAGAUUAGUAACAACAGUAAUGGUAAUUAUGCAAUCUGAAGAAUUGCAGUAAAAAUGUAAUGCAAUUUGUGACUGACCUGCUCCUCAAUUUUGCUGACAGUGCCUUUCCUUUUUGCUUUGCUUUCUUUUUUACAGUUAUCAGUCUAGAAAUUAGGCUAUUAGUGUUUCAGUAUUUGUUCCUGGUAAGUGUUAAUCAUUUAUUUUAAUUUGCAACAUUACACAUAAUGAAAGCUUUUCAAGGUCUAUCUUCUCUACAAUUCAAUUUGUGAUAUAACAUGCAAGGGCAAAUAUGAAAAUGUCAUUGUGAUAUUUGUGAAGUAUAAGACUGCAGAGUUAGCCUUCUCUAUCUACUAUUGUCUUUCCACCUUCUCAUUUUGGAAACUGUAAAUAGAUGUACAUAAUAUAUAUGAAGACCAAAAACUGAAAAAUGUAACUACACGGGUUGCAGACAUGGGCCCCAAAAAGAAAACAUGAAGAAAUUGCUUCAUAAUUGAAAGUCUGAGACAUUUUUCAUCUGAGGAUAGUAGUGUUCAUUUAAUUGGGAUGUUGACCAAGAGCACAACUAUUCAAAACAUAAGACUAUUCCUGAUAUAAUCAAUGCAUUUUUGCAACUGUCACUUAGGUGAAAAAUUUAUUAUAAAAGCUUAAUUUGUAUGUGGUGAAAUAAGUUUCUUGUGUGUCUGCAAGUUUCAU